AUGAAGCCGGUCACCCUAGUGGACAAGGGUCACUUUGAGGGGGGCCCGGAGCCACUGGCCUCCACCGGCGUCUCCAACCUCAGCCACUUGAACACGGCAGCCGCCGCCGUCGCCGCCGGUUUCCCAUCUCCAGACACUGCCAUGGCGCAGCAGCACCAAGGUACUUCGUGGUUGGUUGUGGUUACAUCAUCGGCUCACCUCCCGAUCGUGUGA